UCUUUAGUUUUAAAUCUCCAACCCAACUCCCAACCAUAUCACAACUCCAAAAGACAAAAACUCAACAAAACCCCACAAAGCCUAAUUUUUCAAGUUGCUUCCCCUACCUCGUCUCUUUUCCUACCCACUUUUUCAUUCUCACAGAAAACAAGAAUCAUGAAAAUCGAGGUGAAAGAAUCAACAAUGGUGAAACCAGCAACAGACACACCACAGACAAACCUGUGGAACUCAAACGUGGAUUUAGUUGUUCCAAAUUUCCACACCCCAAGUGUUUACUUUUACAGGCCAUUGUCAAGUGCUUCAAAUUUCUUUGAUUCAAAUAUGCUUAAGGAGGCAUUGAGUAAAGCGUUAGUGCCGUUUUAUCCAAUGGCUGGUAGGUUAAAAAGGGAUGAAGAUGGACGUAUUGAAAUUGAAUGCAUAGGACAAGGGGUUUUGUUUGUUGAAGCAGAAUCUGAUGGAAUAGUUGAUGAUUUUGGUGAUUUUGCGCCUACUUUGGAACUCCGGCGUCUUAUUCCUGCCGUUGAUUAUUCUCAGGGAAUCCAUUCUUAUGCUCUCCUAGUUUUGCAGAUCACUCAUUUCAAAUGUGGAGGAGUUUCUCUCGGUGUAGGAAUGCAACAUCAUGCUGCUGAUGGUUUUUCUGGUCUUCACUUCAUCAACACAUGGUCGGACAUGGCUCGUGGUUUGGACCUCACAAUUCCACCUUUCAUAAACCGAACACUUCUCCGUGCUCGUGAUCCACCCUUGCCUCAGUUCCCACACAUUGAAUACCAGCCACCUCCAACUCUCAAGAACAUUGCCAAAACUGAAGCAGUUCCUGAGACUGCUGUUUCCAUCUUCAAGUUAACCCGUGAUCAAAUCAAUGCCUUGAAAGCCAAGUCUAAGGAAGAUGGAAAUACCGUAAACUACAGCUCCUAUGAAAUGUUAGCAGGACAUGUAUGGCGCUCUACUUGUAUGGCACGAGGACUUGAAGAAGAUCAAGGAAGCAAGUUGUAUAUAGCAACCGAUGGACGUUCUAGGCUCAGGCCUAUUCUUCCACCAGGCUACUUUGGUAAUGUGAUAUUUACUGCUACUCCAAUUGCAGUGGCUGGUGAUCUAAAAUCCAAGCCCAUUUGGUAUGCUGCAAGUAAAAUUCAUGAUGCAUUGGCUCAGAUGGACAACGACUACUUAAGAUCAGCUCUCGAUUACUUGGAAUUACAGCCCGACCUAAAGGCUCUUGUUCGCGGAGCACAUACUUUUAGAUGCCCAAAUCUUGGGAUCACUAGUUGGGUUAGGCUGCCUAUACACGACGCAGAUUUUGGCUGGGGUAGACCUAUAUUUAUGGGACCUGGUGGUAUCGCUUAUGAAGGGUUAAGCUUUAUAUUGCCAAGUCCUACCAAUGAUGGGAGUCUAUCGGUUGCUAUCUCGCUUCAAGCAGACCAUAUGAAACUUUUCGAGAAAUAUUUGUAUGACAUUUGAAAGAAAUGAAUCUCUUGAGAAUGUUUGUGCUGCUUAUAUUGGGGUAAUAAUGCCAGAAAUGUAAGACAGACUUUUCCUUUUCAUUAGAGGUUAAUUUUCUAAAAUCUCUUUUCCUCCCUUUCCUCAAAGGAGCAUGAGUCAUGUACUUAUGUUUAUAAUGAACAUCAGUUCUAUUUCUGCUUA